AUGUCUUGGGGAGGAUUCAAAAAGGCGAUCAAUAGGGCCGGUGCUUCGGUUACUGUCAAGACAGUAGACAAAGUAAUGGACAAAGAUUUCGAUGUCGAGGAGCGAAGAUACAAAACAUUGAAAUCGGCUGGUGAAAGGUUACAAAAAUCAUCAAAGAGUUAUUUGGACAACAUUAGAGCAGUUACUAGGUCGCAAGUGGUCAUUGCCGAAAUUGUAUCUAACCUUUACGAGGAAUCAAAACAAGGGGGGUCAGCAUAUUCCUCUAUUGGAACCUACUACCAACAAUGUGUUCAAGACUUUGAUGAAGAGACUGUAAAACAAUUGGAUGGACCGUUUAGAGAAACAGUUUUGGACCCAAUUACCAAGUUCGCCCAUUACUUUGUUGAGAUUGAUGAGGCAAUUAAGAAACGAGCUCAUAAAAAGACUGAUUACGAGCAAUGCAAAUCAAAAGUGCGAAGGCUUAUUGAUAAACCAGCAAAGGAUGCAGCCAAGUUACCCAGAGUCGAGAAGGAAUUGGCGGUAGCUAAAGAUAUUUACGAAGAUUUGAACGAACAACUAAAGAACGAAUUACCUCAAUUGAUUGCCCUUCGAGUUCCAUUUUAUGAUCCAUCAUUUGAAAGUUUGGUCAAAGUUCAAUUGCGGUUCUGUACUGAAGGGUACUCAAGAUUGGCACAGAUCCAACAAUAUUUGGACCCCAACUCUAGAGAUGAAUAUGCGAAUGGAGUGUUGGAUGGUAAGAUUGAUGAUUUGUUGGGCCAAAUGCAAACUUUGACUAUAACUUCGUUAGGUAAGUAA